AUGCCGGCGAUGCGACGUCGCCGAGGCGCCCCGGUCCGCCUCGCUUCGAAGGGUUUCUGGCUUCCGGCGUCUCGUCUGCUCUUGUUGGUGUCGUGGCUGGUGCUGGGGCCUUGCGGGGCGGUCGCGUCAAAAGCGCCCCUCAGUCUGCAGUACAAGAUCCUGGAAGAGGUACCGGUGCACACGAGAAUCGGCGAGAUCCGCGAGGAUCUGUGCAAGCAACUGCAACUGACCGGACAACCGCACGACCGACUGGUCCGUCUGUUCGGCGAGGAGCCCUGCUAUCCGGGCUUCCUGGGCCUGGGACGGCGGGACUCGGAGUCAGGCGACGAGGUGCGCUUCCUGCUCGGCCGGCCCUCGGCCCAUUUCCGAUUGGACGAGGUGACUGGCGGUCUGACGGUUCGAGGCCCGAUCGACCUGGAGACACUGUGUCCCUACGAGACGCGCCAGGCAGCCGGGCCAACCGGACCAUCGGGACCGGGCAGAGGAGGGACGGACUGCGGCAUCUUGCGCUUUUCUGUCAACAUACAACGCCAGCAUCUGCUGCUCGAGAUUGUGCGUGUUGACGUGGUCGUCGCCGACAUCGACGACUGUCGACCUGAAUUCCAGCUCGACUUUGCCGACGACGCAACGAACGUCUACGAGUUGCGAGUUGCCGAGGCUCCGGCCACCGAGACUAGCUGGACCGAGGAGUUGCCGGCCGCCGUCGACUGUGACGUCACUCCGGAGUUUGCACAAAUCGACUAUCGUCUCUUGCCCGACACCACCGCCGUCGUCGACGUCGACUUUGCCGUCACCGACGAUAUCGGCUUUGGCGUCGGCGUCGGCGUCGCCGUCCACGAGGACGGGGCGGGUGCGCGUUUUCGCCUCAGCGUCGGCAACGACUCUCGGCCACAACUGCACAUUUUGACCGGUCUAGACUACGAGAAACGGCGAGAGUAUGCCUUCGUGUUGGUCGCCUUCAGCCGGCACAGAGAGACAGAAGAGGCCAGACUGCCCGUCCGACUCUACGUCCUCGACGUCAACGACAAUAAGCCCGUCUUCGAGCAGAAGACCUACACCGUGGAGGUUCGAGAGGACACUGCAGUCGGGACUCUCAUCGUCCGAGUAAGUUGGGCCUGUCUGGAAGAGGCUAAAGUCGACACUUUGUUUGGCCCAAAAGGGUCCCAAGAAACACUUCCUCGACCAAUCAUACCAGAGGGCAAAAUUAAUUGUGCGCUGUAUCUGCUUCAUACAAAACACACAAUUGAAAAUUAG